AUGUCUGCUUCCUCUUCUCCGGUAAAAACCUCAAAUUCUAAACCACUAAACCCAUCAGCUUUAAGCUACGAGCCUCAAUCCAUGCAACUGAUUGCUAAGCCCCAUUAUCCGCAAGAUAAAAUUUACCUGCCUCAUCAGUUUCCCUUGGAAAGGAGCCAAAAUGAAGCUCCCUUACAUCUCCCUCAGCUUCAGAUAUCAGUACCGCAAUCGGUAUUUUUACCCGUUGUGUUGCCUGACUUCUGUCCCCGUCCAAGCUUUGGAUAUUAUUCUCCCUGGUGCUGGGAUAAUAAGGAAGAGUGUUUGAGCUUAUAUAACUCAGAGAAGCAGCCACAUCCUCGGAUUAAAGUUUUCAAUAGCCCAAAUUCUAUUUCAUAUGAUGGUAUGAACUAUGGGUCGGAGGGGAUCGUUGGAAAUAAGAAGAAAGGUAAAUGUGGGUAUGUUCCUCCUAGGUUGAAGCCUCGGAGUGGGUAUCCCAUGCAUAGCCCGGUUUGGGUCCCCAGAAAAGCAGAUGAUGAGAAGAUCGAAGCCAGUUCUAAUGGUCAUGGGGGUGGUUGUCCUUUAUGUCCUCCUGUACCCGCUGAGGAACAGAUGAAAUUUGAUGGAAAGACUUCUGUGAUGAUCAAAAACGUUCCUAAUCACUUCAAAAGGAGUAACUUGCAGCGCAUGCUGGAUCGUUUCUGUCAGACUGAAAAUAGAAAAGCUCUGCCAGUGUCUAAUUGCUGCAAAUCAGCAUAUGAUUUUCUUUAUCUGCCCAUGGACUUUGGGUUUCAUUUGAAUCUGGGCUUUGCUUUUGUGAAUUUCACGAGUCCUGAUGCUGCGUCAAGGUUUUCUAGGGCCUUUAGCCACCGAGAAUGGAGCUAUGGAGACACUAGGAGUAAGAUCUGUGAAAUUGCUGUCGCCAAGCUGCAGGGAAAAGACGCGUUGAAGGAACAAUUUGAGAGGUCAAGCUUUCCGUGCCAUACAACUGAUUACCUGCCCGUUGUCUUUUCUCCCCCACGGGAUGGUUUCACCCGGUCGAGGCCAACCAUUGUUGGCAGACGAACCCACGCAUCUGCUACUUCAAAGGGUGAAAGGGUCAUGAUCAUGACCCAAAGGAAGAACAGGAAAGCUUGA